UGGUUGGUUGUGUCAGGAACUGCUAACUGCCAAUCAGACAGAUUUGGUUACCAGUUACCAACAAAAACAAGUAUUGUUUAUGCAUGCUACAGGCAUUGCCCAAUGAUAUUCCAUGUGCAGCCACUGGGGCAAAUCUUAAGAACUUGGGUGUGGUCUUCAAGGUGCACAUAGGUGCAUUAAGGCAGUGUGACCCAACCAGAACAACCAUGGUGUCUCAAGCAUAAUUAUAUGGAAAUGUUCAUCCAGGUACGACACAGCCGCUACCCUGCCACCCACGUAAGGCCUAAAGUCAACAGGAAGGCUUAUGAAGAUGACACGUUGCCGUUUGAUAUCAGCACGCCUGUGAAAGCAGCCAAAUGUGACAGUUCAUCUUCGUCAUUGCUGCAUGAUCCACUAAUCAAGAAGUUUGUCAACAUCAUGAACAAGAAAGGCAAAAAAGAAACUGUUAGAAAAAUAAUGAAUGAGACUCUAGAAAAGAUCAAGAUUGAUCAACUGCAGAAAUACAACAAAGCCCUAGAGGCGGAGAAGUCAAGCGUCGAGACCAACCCUCGUGUCAUCUUCUAUAAGGCCAUAGAGAACUGCAAACCUCUCAUGGGUCUAGCUGUCGUCAAGAAAGGUGGAAAGAAUUACCAGGUUCCGACACCUUUGACGCCUAGUCGACAGACAUUCCUAGCAAUGAAGUGGCUACUACAUGAAUGUCACACUAAAUCACUCAAGGUACAUAUGCCGGACAAGCUCUCACUAGAACUACUGGAUGCAUUUAACAACCAGGGUCAAGUCAUCAAGAGAAAACACGACCUACAUAAGCAAUGUGAGGCAAACAGAGCGUACGCACACUUCAGAUGGUGGUAGUGGGUCCUUAGCUUCUACAACUUAGAGGGAUUGGUGCUUCUCAAGGCCAUCCAGAAUUUUGGCUCCGUGAUGAUUUCAUUCUUCAAAAGGGCAGCUAUACACGGACAAAGGAGAAUCAGGUCUUUUCAGAGACUAUUUCAUGCCUGGAAUUUAAUCAUUGAGAGGGCAAUGCCAAUUUUGUUUUGCACUAUCAUUGGAGAACUUCUGAAUUCUGUGGGAAAGUUUUGAAGGUGCAUCAAGGCCAAGACCAGGGCAACUAAAGCCAUGGCCUUCAUGUAAUUUAAGGCCUGCUCUUUGUCUGCAUUCAUUCUCUGCAUUCAUGAUGUUCUACACAAGUCUCCCGAACAAUCUGAUAAAUCUAUUCUGCGGUAGUAGAAUAUAUAGCAAGACAGUUCUCUUAAGAACAACUUCUACCUGGCAAGUAGAUACACACACAUGGUGUUACUGCACAUACAUUGAUACCUAACCAUGCAAUGCCGCAAAUCAUAUCUACACAAGGUUUUUUAUAAAAACCAUUCUAGAACUUGGCUUACGGAAGGGCCCUUGUAAGGUCUUUUACAUAAUGGAAUAGUGGACCCCACAAAGUUUGUCUUUGUUCAACUUGGAGAUACAACAUUUUUGCACCAAUGCGACGACAUGUAUGUAUCAUUGCUGUUUAUAAAAUAAAUCAAUCCUAUGUAUUUAAAUAA